AUGAAGGGCUCACUCUUGCUCGCAGGUGCUGCCCUGCUGGGCUGUACCUCUGCCAGUAAGGUGCACAGCUUGAAGCUCAAGAAGAUACCCCUCAAGGAGCAGCUUGAACACGCCGACAUCGACGUCCAGGUCAAGGCUCUCGGCCAGAAGUACAUGGGAAUCCGACCAGGACAGCAUGAGCAGCAGAUGUUCAAGCAGAACCCCAUCCAAGCUGAAGCAGGCCACAACGUCCUCAUCGACAACUUCAUGAACGCUCAGUACUUCUCCGAGAUAUCCAUCGGAACUCCCCCACAGACCUUCAAGGUUGUCCUUGACACCGGAAGCUCCAAUCUCUGGGUUCCAGGCGCGGACUGCACGUCCAUCGCUUGUUUCCUUCACACCAAGUACGAUUCCUCUGCUUCGUCCACCUUCACGAAGAACGGCACCAGCUUCGCCAUUCGCUAUGGCUCCGGCAGUCUAGAGGGCUUCGUCUCUCAGGACAAUGUCCAGAUCGGUGACUUGAAGAUCAAGGACCAGCUCUUUGCCGAGGCUACCAGCGAGCCCGGCCUUGCUUUCGCCUUCGGUCGUUUCGAUGGCAUUCUUGGUCUCGGUUAUAACACCAUCGCCGUCAACGGCAUCACUCCUCCAUUCUACAAGAUGGUCGAGCAGAAGCUGGUUGAUGAACCCGUCUUCAGCUUCUACCUGGCCGACGAAAACGGCCAGUCCGUCGUCACCUUUGGAGGUGUGGACAAGAGCCACUACACUGGCGAGAUGACCACCAUCCCACUCCGCCGUAAGGCCUACUGGGAAGUUGAGCUCAACUCCAUCGCCCUCGGCAAGGACAAGGCCGAGUUGGAUAACACCGGAGUCAUCCUCGACACCGGCACUUCCCUCAUUGCCCUGCCUUCUGAGCUUGCUGAGAUGAUCAACACUCAAAUUGGUGCCAAAAAGUCCUGGAACGGUCAAUACACCCUCGACUGUUCCAAGAAGGCUUCUCUUCCCGAGGUCACCUUCACUCUCUCUGGCCAUGAGUUCACCAUCAGCGCCAACGACUACAUCUUGGAAAUUUCCGGCACCUGUAUCAGCAGCUUCAUGGGCAUGGACUUCCCCGCUCCCGUUGGACCACUUGCCAUCCUUGGUGACUCUUUCUUGAGACGCUAUUACACCGUCUAUGACAUGGGCAAGAACACCGUUGGCCUCGCAAAGGCCAAGUAA